GGCCUAUCAGCACUCCCGACGUUGACGCUGUGCGUGCCUGGACGCUUUUUCACUCGGGGCGCUGACCGCCUCCUCCAUCCGCAACAUCAGCAGAUUCAGAAACCGCAACACGCAUCAAGCAAGGUGAACCACGGAAAACCCACUGCCGGCGCGUCCUCCGCGUCGUUUCUAGCAGACCACAAAUUCGACAGCUCACUGCGUCGCUGGAGCAAACAAGAUCUCCGUAAGACAAGCCAAGGUGCUCGAAACGCCAGUGCCACUUCUCCCCGCAGCACCGGCAAACCCACAGCGAAUCGCUCAAAUUCAGCCGCGUCGUCGCGAUCGUCUGCGGUUACUCCUUCCCAUCAUCAGCAGUACCCACUGCAGCGCAAGAUGCACGGAAAAAAUAGAAUUGCUGUGCUAUAUCCCCACGACAGUCAUGUCGUGACCCUCGAUCUUUCCAUUGAGGCACCCAUGGUGGCUCCCAAUGCCACAGCGGCGACGUCGUCGAUCGUAAAGAGCAUGGCUCGGGACGAACAGGAGCCUGCCGUGAAGACGCUGGACCGGAUGCGCCUGCUCUUCGCUCCGCCGCGGCCCAAGGGUCAGGCGUCGAAGCGGCAGUCACGCGAGGAGUUGCUUGCCGGGUGCCCAUCCGUGCGGGUGUACUGCCGGGCAUCCGAAGUGAACGCAGCAGCGGAAGAAGACGCCGGCGAACUGGCCGCACCAGGGUCCGCAGACGUGAAAAUGGCACCCGGUCCAGAGGGGGACAAGGAAGGGGAGGUGUUGUAUCGCGAGUUGAACAGCGGACUUCCUAACCGCAUCUUUUGGAAGUACGCACACGUCCUGGUGCUCAAUGAGAGCACGACGGUGCGCAUAUUUUUCAACGUGCCCACCAUCACCGCGAUCGCGACGCCGGGCGUGCCGUACGUCGGCUUGCCGCUGGCGUGCGCUAGCGUCUCUGUUCUCUUCGCUAAAGAGGAGGACGUGUGCUACGAGUGGUGCGUCGUCGGGGAGGGCUCUGCCUCAAACAGAGCUGACAAGACGCAAGAAACAACGGCAGCGGCGGCGGCGGCGGCGACGGCACGUGUGGUGGGCACCGCGUCCACCUUCACGCCCCCGCCUGAUCUAAUCGGCCAGCACAUGAUGCUGCGCGUCUCACUAGACUCUUCGACGGGUCUGUGGACGGAGCUGCGGCUGCCGGAUGCGGUGCGGCCGCUGCCACCGCCCGUCGCGCGCUGGCAGGAGACAACAACACCCGUUGCCCCGCCUGCUUUUCGCGUUGUGACGUACAACGUCUUGUACGACGACUUCUGCACCUCCAGCAGCUCCAAGGCGAAGAUAUACCCCUUUGCGACGGACGACAUUUUGGACCUGGAGAAUCGAAAGGUGCGCAUUGCGCAGGAGCUCCUUGCCUACCACGCCGAUCUCGUGUGUCUGCAGGAAUGCGGCCGCGACGUCUUUCAGUCUUUCCUGCUGCCGGUGAUGAGGGCCGCUGGCUACGAUGGCGUGUACAUGAACAAAUGUGGCACGGUGAAGGAGGGCUGUGCGUUUCUGUUCCGCCAGUCGCGGUACGAGCUGGUGCACGCCGACUCCAUUCCCCUGAACUACGCCACGCUUGCCGCGCGCCACGUUGAUCUCGCCGAACGAGUCGGUGCCUGCCCGGAGUUGAAAGAGUCGCUGUCGGCGCUCACCACCAUCGGCGCUCGCCUGGUGCUGCGGGAUGUGGCGAGCAACACGGAAAUGGUGGUGGGCAACACGCAUCUCUUCUACCAUGCAAACGCGUGUCACAUCCGCAUUCUUCAAGCUUACAUGCUGAUGCACUGGCUGCACAUCGCAACCGUGACGCGGGAAACAGCAAACAUGGAGUCUACUUCUUCUCCCUCUUCUGCUGUUCCUCUUGGCGGCGAAGAUGAUAAGGCGUCGGCGGGUGCGGCGAGUAGCGCACUACCGAUGCGUCCUGUUGUGCUAUGCGGCGACUUCAACUGCACACACCCCACCGGCGCGUAUCGUCUGCUUACAACCGGUCAGGUGGAGGCCGAGCACCACUCGUGGGAGAAGGGCAAGCUGUUCUGGUGGGGCUGCUCCCGCUUGCUGGGCUACGAUGCUGAACGACUGGGGGAGCUUUUGGGCGAGGAGACAGUCCUGCCGCAGGCGACCGUUGCACGCAAGGAUUUCAAGCGAGAGAAGAGAGCUCCAGGCGAGUCUGUUAGUCCGACGGGGCAGCCGAAUGAAGCGGCGGGGCCCGAUGCAACAUCGACACCCGCACGCGGUGACGAUCACGUUGUCACAGAGGUUUUUCGGGAGGCCCUUCACACCCCGCCGCUUCACCUGCAAGACGCGUACCAACGCACCGAUCCCUCGCUGCCGUGGACGAACUUCACGCUGACAUUCCGUGAGGUGAUUGACUACGUGUUCUUCUCGUCUGGCUCGAUCGAGGUGCUGCGAACAGUGCCGAUUCCUCCUGAGUCGGAGUUAACAGAGAACUUUGCUCUACCGAAUAAGAAGUUCCCCUCCGACCACGUCGCCUUGAUCGCCGACCUUUCAUUCAAGCAAUAA